UCAUGGUAUUCCAACCAAACGCUCUACCGGUCACACCAAUCGUUCCACCCGCGCCCGCUAGAUGGCUCCACUCUUAGGCAGCGAGAGCGAAGAAAAAUCAAUAGAAAUUUUCAUUUUAGUGAAUUGCCCUGCGCUUGGUAAUAGUUAACAAACAAAUUAGCGGCAAAUCAGCGAGGCGAAGCGCCAGCGAGUUGGAGUUCCAUAAAGUGCAACACGCAGGACCAAACAUUCCGCAGCCAACACCCCGGAUUCCAAUUCCAAGCGAAGCCAACUUCAGGAGUCAGAGAUUUCUCUCUCCGCUCCGCAACAGAAAUUCCGCAACGCUAACCGAUUUUGUCCGCUGCGAGUAAAAAAAAUCGGAAAAGUCCCAAGGAACGGCCGAGAUCCAAUCGAAGUAAAGAUAGCUUUGCAGAACCAGAGCGGAGAGCAACUAUAUAUCUUAGGGUCCGACGUCGAGUUCGAGCGAUAAGAACGCCUCGAGACUCGGCCGCCAUCCAUCGACGAUUUUCUUGCGCCCCCAGUUUGCAUAAAACCAGCGAAAAUUAACAAGCUAACUACCAUGGCGCCGGUGCGGGGGGAUGGCAUGAGAGGCCUGGCCGUCUUUAUAUCGGAUAUAAGGAACUGUAAAAGCAAAGAGGCGGAAGUCAAACGCAUAAACAAGGAGUUGGCCAAUAUACGGAGCAAAUUUAAAGGAGACAAAACCCUCGACGGCUAUCAGAAAAAGAAAUAUGUCUGCAAGCUGUUAUUCAUAUUUCUUCUCGGCCAUGACAUCGACUUCGGGCACAUGGAGGCGGUCAAUUUGCUGUCCUCCAACAAAUACUCAGAGAAGCAGAUUGGCUACCUUUUCAUCUCAGUGUUGGUGAACACGAACAGCGACCUUAUUCGGCUGAUCAUUCAAUCUAUAAAGAAUGAUUUGCAGUCGCGUAAUCCUGUGCACGUUAAUCUGGCACUACAAUGCAUUGCCAACAUUGGAAGUCGGGAUAUGGCCGAGUCCUUUUCCAACGAAAUACCCAAGUUACUCGUCUCGGGCGACACCAUGGACGUGGUGAAGCAGUCGGCGGCGCUAUGCCUGCUCCGCCUGUUCCGCUCCUCGCCGGACAUCAUUCCCGGUGGUGAGUGGACUUCGCGCAUUAUCCAUUUGCUCAAUGAUCAGCACAUGGGAGUGGUCACAGCGGCCACCUCGCUGAUCGACGCCUUGGUGAAGCGCAAUCCGGACGAGUACAAGGGUUGUGUUAAUUUGGCUGUUUCACGCUUAUCCCGGAUCGUAACAGCCAGCUACACGGAUCUUCAGGAUUAUACAUAUUACUUUGUACCGGCUCCAUGGCUAUCGGUGAAACUUCUGCGAUUGCUGCAAAACUACAAUCCGGUCACCGAAGAGGCCGGCGUACGGGCUCGCUUGAAUGAAACUUUGGAGACGAUUUUGAACAAGGCGCAAGAGCCGCCAAAGAGUAAGAAGGUGCAGCACUCUAACGCAAAGAACGCCGUGCUCUUCGAGGCCAUCAACCUGAUCAUUCACAGCGACAGCGAGCCAAACCUUUUAGUGCGCGCUUGCAACCAGUUGGGACAGUUCCUCAGCAAUCGGGAAACCAACUUGCGCUAUCUGGCUCUGGAGUCCAUGUGCCACCUGGCCACUUCGGAGUUCUCGCACGAGGAGGUGAAGAAGCACCAGGAGGUGGUCAUUCUGUCAAUGAAAAUGGAGAAGGACGUAUCCGUGCGCCAAAUGGCGGUGGAUCUUUUGUAUGCCAUGUGUGAUCGUGGUAAUGCCGAGGAAAUUGUUCAGGAGAUGCUCAACUAUCUGGAGACGGCCGACUACUCUAUUCGCGAGGAAAUGGUGCUCAAGGUGGCAAUUCUUGCCGAGAAGUACGCCACGGAUUAUACCUGGUAUGUGGACGUUAUCCUCAAUCUAAUUCGCAUUGCUGGCGACUACGUGUCUGAGGAAGUAUGGUACCGCGUAAUUCAGAUUGUGAUCAAUCGCGAGGAGGUUCAAGGCUAUGCCGCAAAGACUGUUUUUGAGGCGCUACAGGCUCCUGCCUGCCACGAAAACAUGGUUAAAGUGGGCGGCUACAUCUUGGGAGAGUUUGGCAACUUAAUCGCCGGAGAUUCCCGCUCAGCCCCACUGGUACAAUUUAAGCUGCUGCACUCAAAGUACCACUUGUGCUCGCCGAUGACCCGGGCCCUUCUUCUGUCCACGUAUAUUAAAUUUAUCAACCUCUUUCCGGAAAUUCGUACCAAUAUCCAGGAUGUGUUCCGCCAGCACAGCAAUCUUCGAUCCGCAGAUGCGGAACUGCAGCAGCGAGCUAGCGAAUAUCUGCAGCUUAGCAUAGUGGCAUCGACAGACGUUUUGGCCACCGUCCUUGAGGAGAUGCCAUCGUUCCCAGAACGCGAGAGCUCAAUUUUAGCAGUGCUAAAGAAAAAGAAGCCCGGCAGGGUGCCGGAGAAUGAAAUUCGCGAGUCGAAGAGCCCGGCACCCCUGACUUCUGCAGCGCAGAACAACGCCCUUGUGAACAAUUCACAUAGCAAGCUGAAUAACAGCAACGCAAAUACGGAUCUGCUUGGAUUAAGCACUCCGCCAUCGAAUAAUAUUGGUAGUGGUAGCAAUAGCAACAGUACGCUCAUUGAUGUUUUGGGCGACAUGUACGGCAGCAAUAGUAACAACAACUCAAGUGCCGUGUACAACACCAAGAAGUUUUUGUUCAAGAACAAUGGUGUUUUGUUCGAGAACGAAAUGCUGCAGAUCGGUGUGAAGAGCGAGUUCCGCCAGAAUCUUGGACGAUUAGGCCUUUUCUACGGCAACAAGACACAGGUUCCCCUGACGAACUUUAAUCCUGUGCUGCAAUGGUCUGCCGAGGAUGCGCUUAAGCUGAACGUGCAGAUGAAGGUGGUGGAGCCGACCCUGGAGGCCGGCGCGCAGAUCCAACAACUGUUAACCGCGGAGUGCAUCGAGGAUUACGCCGAUGCGCCAACAAUCGAGAUCAGUUUCCGCUACAACGGCACCCAGCAGAAGUUCAGCAUUAAACUGCCAUUGAGCGUUAACAAAUUCUUUGAGCCUACCGAAAUGAAUGCUGAAUCAUUCUUUGCACGAUGGAAGAACCUUAGCGGUGAGCAACAACGGUCACAGAAAGUGUUCAAGGCUGCCCAGCCACUGGAUUUGCCCGGAGCCCGCAACAAGCUUAUGGGCUUUGGCAUGCAACUGCUGGACCAAGUGGAUCCCAAUCCAGACAAUAUGGUCUGCGCGGGCAUCAUUCAUACGCAAUCGCAACAGGUGGGCUGCCUGAUGCGAUUGGAGCCGAACAAGCAGGCUCAGAUGUUCCGACUGACAGUUCGGGCAAGCAAGGAGACCGUAACUCGGGAAAUCUGCGACCUGUUGACGGAUCAAUUCUAAGCCACAACAAUCAUGGACGGGGGGAUAGAGACGGAGCUGCGAAGCCAUGGAGCCACGGCAACCACUUUACAAUGCACAAUCCCAAUUACCUAGAGAAAUAUCAAAGCAUACAAGGCCCUAGAACUGUACGCGUUUAGUUAUGCCAGGCACACUCCUACACUCUUCUUAAGUACCUUUCAUCUUCUCCACCAGCGAGUUGAUUUACCCACUGUCCUGUUAAUUUGAAUAUUAUGUUUGUAAACCUACUCUUACUUUAACCAUUUUCCAAUUUCAUGUUCCCAAACUUCUUUGUAAAUGUUAAGCUCAAAAAGUUCAUAGUAGAGAAACGCAAGAACAUAAUUAGAUUAUGUUUAUAUGUAUGACAAAUUAUAUAUUGUUGCAUCAUUUUGAGGCAGUAGCAAUUGGAUAUUAUAUACCUAUAUACAGAUCUACAUACAUUCAUACAAACCACAUACAUAUACCUAGUAUAUACGUCGUUGUAAUAAAAACAGAAAUCAAUAUAAAACAAAAGAGAAAAGCUUGCAAAGGAAUUAUUAAGAUGCCUGCAAAUGACAAGUAUGCAAAUCGUUAUCUAAAUAUUUAUACAUAUAUUGAUUAUUGCAAUUGCAUCUAAAUGAAAUUCAUGUUUAAUGUUUUUGAUUGUGAAAAACCGAAGGAGAGCCGCAAGAGCAGAAAUCUCAUUAAAUAAUAGACAAAUAAUUAGAAACGGAUCCCCAAAAAACUCCUUGAUUAAUCACUGUUGAGCAACUUAAAAUUUAUAAACGAUAGGAAAUAUUUCCCUAUUGGAGGAAACGAAGCAAAACAUUCAGAAUAUUAUUAUACUUAUAGCAGAAUUUUUUGAUUGAUUCUGGGUAAUAUUACGUUUCGUUUGUGUACCAUAGAUAAACUGAGAGGGGCUACUACAUGUUGUGCCGCUUCCUGAAGAGAAAGCGAUCAUUGUAGCACCAAGUAUUAACUUAUCUGAAGCAGCAGCAGUAGCCGCCAGCCAUAAAUCUGCUAAUAACUCUCUUCAAAUGCGAGACGGCUGCCGAUGAAGAACAAAGAAUUGUAAACUAAAAUAUACACUAUAUAGAUACUGAUACUGAAAACCGAUAAUGGAAACUGACAUCAAAUACUUAUUACCAUUAAAAUCUCGAUCCUUUCGUAAAAACCAAUGUGCAUGACAGCUGGAAAUUUAGGCAUUUCCAAAGUGCAAUAGUUAAAUGUUACAAAAUUCCACACAAAUUCCAUUUAACACUCACAGACAAAAAAAAAGCAACUGCAAGAGCAUGAAAACCAAGCCACAACUACAUAUAGCAAGUGCAGGAAUUUAACUGUAAACGUAAACAAAUAUGUAUUUAAAUAAAUAUAAAUUGAAACCA